CCAGCCAGGCCGCUCACAGGCAUCCAGUCCUCUGUCUGAUCACAACAUGAAGGCCUUUGUGGUGAUUGCUGCACUAGCUGUGGUGGGCUCAGCUGCCCCCGGCAACUAUGCCAACCUCAGGAGUGCUGCUCUCCCCGCUGGCCUGGGUGCCAUCGCUGCGCCCGUGCACCUGAAGACCAUCAAGGUGGAUGAGGUCAAGUCUGCUCCUGUGACCGCGAACCACGCUGCUCUGACCUACUCGGCUGGCGCCAUCGCCGCUCCUCUGGGCUACGCCGCCCACGGCUAUGCCGCUCCCCUGGGGUAUGCUGCCCACGGCUAUGCUGCCCACGGCUAUGCUGCCCACGGUUAUGCUGCCCACGGCUACGCUGCCCCCGCCGCUGUGGCUGUGAAGGCUGCUGCCCCCGUGGAGCUGAAGACUAUCAAGGUGGAGGAGGUCAAGGCUGCUCCCGCUCCCGUGGCCUACGCUGCCCCCGUGGCGUACGCCGCCCCCGCCGCCUAUGCCAGCCAUGCCGCUGUGGCUGUGAAGGCUGCCCCGGCUGUGGCUGUGGCUGCCCCCGCCGUCACCUACACCGCCGCCGCGCCCGCCAUCGUCCGUCAGGAGGUCGAGAUCCCCGUCACCAAGACGGUCCACUACGCUGACCAGCAGGUCGUCACCGGACACACCACGAGCAUCCACAAGCCGGCCAUUGCUGCCCCGGUCAUCGCUGCCCCCAGAACCCUGGUUGGCAAGACCGUCACCAACCCGGCCACCGUCAGCGUGCAGAAGUACGCCGCUGAGGUCAAGACCAUCAACCACGUGCCCCAGCCGUACGAUGUGCCUUACGAUGUGCCUGAGCCGUACGCUGUGCCCACCCCCGUGCACACGGCCCCCGUGGAGGUGAGGAAGCGCGUCUACGCAGCGGCCGUCCAGGCCGCCCCUGUGGCCUACGCUGCCCACGGCUACGCUGCCCCCGCUGCUGUUGCUGUCAAGGCUGCCCCCGCCGCCAUUGCCGUUAAGGCUGCCCCUGCGGCCUACGCUGCCCACGGCUACGCUGCCCCGGCCGCCGUUGCUGUCAAGGCUGCCCCCGCCGCCAUUGCCGUUAAGGCUGCCCCUGUGGCCUACGCUGCCCACGGCUACGCUGCCCCGGCCGCCGUCGCCGUCAAGGCUGUCCCCGCCGCUGUGGAGCUCAAGUCUGGCUACCUUGCCCCCGCUCAGGCUUGGUAAUUUCACCCUUCCCUAUGCCACACAAUCAGAGUUGCAGUUCAGCACAUUGGUGGGAAGGAUGAAGUUGCUCUGCUCACGCGGCGUGCGGCUUGUGUUAUUGGUGUGAGGGCGGCGUCAGCGUGUGGUGCCCAGACAUGUUGUGAUCAUCUUCCUCAAUAUAUUUCCAUUUCCCAUCG